CCAGCGGUUCCAAAAUAUCUUAACGGUUUUCAAUAAAGCAUCCAGAAUAUUUGACACGUGAAAGGAAAAUUAGAUAAGUGCUCUUUAUAGCAUAUAUUGCAUGAUAUGGAUGUUCAAUCAGAUUACACCCCGAAGAAAUGUCACGUAGCACCACACUUUAACUGUCAUGCAGACGACACCCUAAGAAUAUAUUUCGAAUAAUUUUCAUAAUGUAUCCUCGAUCAAGUACUUGAGGGUGCAAUUUCUGAUGGAUUUAUGAAGAACGAGUAAAGGUUAGCAAACUACAUAAAACCAAAUUAAAUAUUACGAUAACAUUUCGUUUAAAACUAUCGUCAAAAUUCAGUAAAAUAUAUCAGAAUCAACACUUAUUAAUCCUAUUAUAAAAAUACCUUGCGCUUUCAUAACAUAAGGAGACAACUAGCGAUCAACAGUUCUUAGCAUGAGGAUGAUUUGAAUUGUGUCGAGUGGACAAGAUGUUGAUACGUCCAUCUGCAUACGUGCAAAUAAAAAUUUGCUAAAAAGUGCUUAAAAAAAUGGAAAUAUCUAUCAGAAAAUGGCUCAUUUUGUCAACUGCUUUUUGGCCUCUGGUUUGUCCAAAAGACAUUCCUCUUACCUUAGGGGGAAUCUUUCCCAUGUCAGGGAGUUGGGCAGGGGGAGUUGCCUGCAAGCCAGCAGUGAUGAUGGCCCUUGAGAUGGUCAACAACCGCCCAGACAUAUUGCCUCGGUAUCAUCUGAACAUGCAAUAUAAUGACAGUCAGUGCAUGCCAGGGCUGGGAACAAAAGUGCUGUAUCAGCUGCUGUAUGACAAACCUACAAAGAUUAUGGUGCUCUCUGGUUGUUCUAGUGUAUCUACAUUUGUUGCACAGGCUGCCAACAUGUGGAAUCUUAUUGUGCUUGCAUAUGGAGCAAGUUCCCCAGCCCUUUCAAACAGAGAAAGAUUUCCAAUGUUUUUCCGCACCCAUCCAUCAGCAACUGUUCACAAUCCUACUCGCGUCAAGUUAUUUAAACAUUUUAAAUGGAACAGGAUUGCAACCAUUCAAGAAACUCAAGAACUCUUCACCUCUACAAUUGAAGAUCUGGAAAAGCGUGUUAAAGAGGCAGGAAUUGACAUUGCUGUACGCCAAAGCUUCCUGACAGAUCCAACUAACGCAGUCAGAAACCUUAAGAGACAAGAUGCACGAGUUAUAGUUGGCGUAUUUUAUGAGGACAUGGCAAGACGUGUUUUCUGCCAGGCAUACAAGGAAAAGCUGUAUGGCAAGAAGUAUGUGUGGCUAAUCAUUGGUUGGUACCCAGAUAACUGGUAUCGAACACGAGACGACCGCCAUAAUUGCACAGUUGAGCAGCUGGAGGAAGCACUAGAGGGUCACUUAACCACUGAAGCAGUCAUCUUACAUCAGGAAAACACCACGACAGAUGUUGGCAUGAUGCCUCAAGAGUUUACUCAACGUUUGAACAAAGAGCUGAACACAAGUGAUCCCAGCCUCAUUACUGGCUAUCCUGAGGCACCACUAGCCUAUGAUGCUGUUUGGGCUCUUGCUUUUGCUUUGAAUAAGACAGCAAAUAAACUUGCAGAGAAGGGAAUGAGCCUGGAGCAGUUUAAUUAUUCAAAUAAAGAAAUUGCACAGGAGAUCUACUCUGCUAUGAAUUCCACCAAAUUUCUUGGAAUAUCAGGCAAUGUGGCAUUUUCAUCUCAAGGUGAUAGAAUUGCACGCACUCAGAUUGAGCAGAUGAUCAAUGGCACAUACCACAAACUUGGCUACUAUGACAGUCUGGCAGACAAUUUCACCUGGUUUGGAACUGAUAGGUGGAUUGGUGGAAAACCUCCUCUGGACCACACCCACGUGAUUGAUCAUCUGCGAGUGGUAUCAAAAACAUUAUAUUUUUCCAUGUGUGCACUGGCCAUAGUCGGAAUUCUAGCUGGUGCCUUCUGUCUGAUCUUCAACUACAGAAACCGUCAGCGCAGAUGCGUAGCUUUCUCCCAGCCGAACAUCAACAGCCUGACAGUUUUAGGCUGCAUGUCUUGCUUGGCCUGCAUCUUUCUUCUUGGACUGGACGGAAAGUUUGUCUCCCCUGACGUCUACCCACUUGUCUGCCAGAUCCGUGCAUGGGUUCUGUCUCUUGGUUUCACCCUGAGCUAUGGCAGUAUGUUCUCUAAAAUAUGGACCGUGCACCAGCUCACUACAUCUCGCAAAAAAGACAGAAAGGGUGUUCAGAUAUGGGAGCUGUACACUGUGUUGGCAGUGUUGCUGGUGCUAGAUGUUGGUGUGCUUAGUGCAUGGCAAGUUCUUGACCCUCUCAAACGAGAACUGGAAGUCUUUGCCCAAGAAGAUCCCACUGAUACAGAGGAGGAUAUCCAACUCCGACCUCAACUAGAGCACUGCAACUCAGAAAACCUCUCUGUCUGGCUUGGUGUACUUUUUGGCUACAAAGGAAUUCUGCUCAUUUUUGGCAUCUUCCUGGCCUACGAGACACGCAGUGUCAAACUGAAGCAAGUCAAUGACUCACGAUUUGUGGGAAUGAGCAUCUAUAAUGUGGUGGUACUCUGUGUCAUCACUGCUCCAAUUAGCCUCAUCAUUGGUAACCAGCAGGAUGCAACUUUUGCCUUUGUGUCUCUUGCUAUUAUCCUUUGCAGCUUCCUCUCCUUGGGACUUAUCUUUGUUCCAAAGAUGAUGGAGCUAUACAAACACCCACAGCGUGAUGGCCAGGAAGUGCGCAGUCUUACUGACUCCCUUGUCAGUCGUGAGGAAGAGGAGCGCCACCUGCGCAUGGUUAGCGAAAAUGAACAACUCAAGAAACAGAUUGCAGAGAUGGAGGAAAGAGUCAAAGACCUUAAUGUCCGGCUGCAGAAGAAAAUGCAACAACAUUCUUUGAUGACAUCUAUGUCUGGAACUGGAACAGCUCCUGAUGAAACUGUCCCCCUCCUGUCUAACACCUCCAUCCAUGCCAAUGCAAUUACUGCCACCACUACAGUCAUUGUUAAGCCAGCCUCUGCAAGCCAGGAUGGAGACCUGCUGUCAGAGCAUGGGACCCGUUAUCAGCUCGAUGAUGGAAUCAUCCCUGUUGAUGGCAAUUCUGACUCUGGUCUGGCAAGCUGGUCUCUCACAAAGAGCUCCAAGACCUCAGCUUCUGACUCUGAGCCAUUUUGCUGAGUACCUGUCAGAAAACUAGUAUAAUGAGUGAGUAAGCAUCGGUUACAAAAUCAAUGUAAGAUUGAGAAUGAGUUCUGUUCAACAUCAGUCUCAAAAUCAUUAAUACUAUGCUGAUCAUUUUUUAAUGUCAGCCCAAAUAAGAAAAACUCAAGGAUAACAAUUCUAUAGGAUAACACAUGUAUCACGUCAUAUCAUACAUUUACAUAUAUACCCUUAAAGGUGGUGAUUUUUAUGGAUUCAUAAGAACAGUAUAGUGAGAGUAAUGUAUUUACGAUAUAUGGUAUACUAUAUGUGUAUGCACACACACAUAUACCAUGCAUUGUAAUUUAUGGCAGAAGGGGUGAGUGCAUAUAUAUGCCUAUACUUUUAUGUGUAUAGUGUAUGUGCAAAUCUAUGCACCUAGGUGUGCAGAUCUAUAUGUACAUGUGUGUGUAUGUAUAUAGCUGUGCACAUGCCUGUAUAUUCAUACAUGUACACAUGAAUAUGGGUGGGUGUUCCAAUCUAUGCCUGCAUGUAAAUGUAUGUGCACUCAUAUGCAUGUGGAUUUGCAGAUCUGUAUUUGUGCUGGUGCAUGUUUGUGCACACAUAUGUACAUGGGUUUGCAGAUGUAUGGUAUGGCUGUACAUUGAAGUCUUGCUGAGUAUUUAUUUCUAUUUCAGACAUAACCAUACAAGAGGCAAUAACAUAAGUGAAGCUUUGGAAACAUAUUUCCUCUUAUAAAAGGGUAAACAUCAGCUGGUACAUUAUUAUCUGAUGAUCAAGAAAAAGAGUAAGGGACAUUGAAAAAAUAGUUUAGUUAAGAGCUAUACAAGUUUUUAUGAUAGCCAGGUGCAAGGUCAAAUGACUGCCUGCUGUAUAUGACCAACCUCUGUGAAAUAAAUUGAAGAUUUUGCCUUUCAAGGAGUGCAUUUUUGAUUUGACUAUACAUUGCUUUCAUCCUAUAGAAUUAACAAUGUUUAUUGUUGUGCUUGUUUAUACAGAUAUAUGGAGCAGGGUACAUCUUUUGAAGACAUGGUGAUAAUUAAAUCCGAUGUUGUUAUGAAAUGCUUUUAACUGUUACCCUGCAGGUUGUGUUUGAAUUUUUCAUGUGUUGAGAGGUGCAAUUUUUACUCAAAGUUAAAUUUAUAUGGUUUGUGUUAAAAGAUAUACUGUUGUUGUUGUUUAUUUAUUGCAUUAUAAACAUUGUGGUACAAUGGACAUGCAUGGUUUUUGUGAAAAUAAGGUAUAGUUUUUGCAUAUCUCAUUAAAUUUAUAAUUUUUAUUUACUUAUAUUUAUAUACAUUUAUAUGAAACUUGUGUAUCUCAUCAGAUUUAUAACUUUAUGUACAUAUAUUUAUGUACACUUAUUUAUCUCAGACUUAUUACCUUUCUUCUUAGUUCAGCACUUAUUGCCAAGUGAGGUAAUGAUAUAUGUGGGAUCAGGCAUUCUGAACCCAAAAGAAUAUGAAGGAUAAUUUCUUUUUUUGUGUGUGACUCAAAUCCUGGGUCAUAAAUCUUGCAUGUGGAACAUUCCUAAAUGCUUUUUUGCACACACACUUUUUAUCUUCUCUUGACUGUCUUUCGCAAAUGUAAAAGCUAUGACUUUGUGCUUUUCUUGUUUUUAAAAAAGUCAUGAAAUGCAAAAUGAAUGUCAUGAAUCUAAUAAAAAUGUUUGCUAGCACAACACAGCAAUUAAAAAAAACAAACCAACAGAAGUGGCACAAACACUAAGUACAGUUUCACCUACUGCCAACAAUGUAGCAAAGAGUUUCAAUGUUUCUUAAUUCUUGAUCUUUGAUGGUGGUGUUUGUAACCAUUUUCAUCAUUUUAUUACACUUAUUGUCAUUACAUUUUGAUGAUUUUAGUUGUCUAUAAACAGAGGUUAGAGUGCAUUGUAUGUUGUGUGCAAUAAUAUUCACAUUUUGAUAUUAUUCUUUUGAUAUUCUCCUCCUAUCAUGAGAUCUCUUUUUUAAUCAUAUGUCAAUUUUUGUGAAAGCUGUAAAUGCUUGUUAUAUUUAUCUCAGUUUGAUUAGAAUGUUUACAUGUGAAAUCAUUUUUGAUGUUAAUAUUUUAUUUACAUUUAUAUAUUGUUGCUGUUAGCCUGUAUAGUUUCAAAAAUUUUGAAGACUGUAAAGAACAGGGAAAAUACAUGGAACAGGACAUAGGUUUUGUUUUUACUCCACUAACAUAAGAUUGUGAGGGGGGAAGUAUAUGUGUCUGGAGAAAGGAAGAGCCGACAGGGAUGGGGGUGGAACUCAAUUGAUAAAUUAAUUCACAAGCUACUCCAUCAUAAUCUGUCCAGGCUGGUAUAUUUAUAUGAAAUAUUGGCAUAGUUGAAAAGACAGUUGAAAGGGAAAUGAACCGAUAUUUAAUUUGCAUAAGCAGAUGAAAGUUGUCAAUGGAUUUCUCAAAAGGGAGUAAAACAGGUGUGGUGUAUAUAAUAUUUUAAGUCAAAAGAUGUCUGAUUGUAGCUGUUCCCAGUGAAAUUUCAAAAAGGAUAAACUAUAGUCUCACAGCAGGGCUAUAUGCUGCAUCAUUGUUCACCUGUGAUUUAAUUAUCAUAUAAAUAAAUAUAAAAACAAAGAUAAAAAAUAUUUAUGGUGAUAAUUGCUUUUAUGUUACCUAUACAACCGUUUUCAUGGUGUUAAAGAGAAGGCUAUUUUUUGAAGAUGGAUCAACAGACCAAGAAAUACCCCACAAAUGUAAAUAAAGUAAAUAUAAUAUGUUCACAACGAAGAGUUGUUUGAUACUGGCCAGUUAGAAGGUCCUGCGUCACUGUAUUUUUAAUGUUCUUUAUAAAUGUAACCUGAUUAUAAAUGUAAUGUCCUAAUUUAUUGUUUUCUUCUCUCCACAACAAAGAUGGACAUUUUUCUUUGGAGCUCUCAUAAGUAAUAAACAAAAUAUAAUCACACCUCACAUACCUACACAGUUACACUUAAGCCACCAUCAGCAAGUGUCAUGGAUCUUGAUUGAUUUUUAUCAAACAGUUGAUCGUGUACUCACUGUACUGUGUAAUAUUUAAAUUGAGUAGAAUUGCUGGCAUAGUCUUUCAUUAGUAGUAUAUAUAUAAAGCAUUAAAAAAAGUCCAUUUUUUAUUUGUAAAAUAUAUAGCACAUAAAAAAAUCCUGAGGUUUUGUGUUCUGUGACUGUUGACUUUGGUAGCUGAUAAAGGGGAUGAUUGCUGCUAAAGAGCUUUUUACGAUUUUGGUUGUGUUAUAAAUCUGCUUGUCCAUUUGCAACUAUAGAAUAUAGUGAUACAAUUAAAAUUAUCUCAAAAUCUGUUUAAUCAUGAAUUCUUCUAGGACUGAACUAAAAGUUUGUGGGUGUAUAGAUCUCAUCUUUUUGAUGUGUUCGCACACAUAGAUGUGUUUUUUGAAAGUUAUUUUAAGUGAAGAUACCAAUUUUACAUGUACAUUUUCAAAAUAAUUAAUGUUCAGUUUCCACACCAGCCCUGAAAGAUAUUUUUAGGUCCUCCUUUGUUUUAACAUGAUUAAAGCUGGCUAUUUGCCCUAACAAAUGUGAUUAAAGCUAUUUAGUAGAAAUCUAGAAAA